AUGAACAUGGAAAACGUCUUAAAGGAAGAACUGAAUAGAAGAAUGAGAGCAUGGGCAGCAUUCGCGGCCAUCAGGGAAGCUACGGGCCAACUGACGGACCAAGAUCUUCGUGCCCAUCUGUUCGACUCGACAGUUCUUCCAGCGCUCUGUUACGCAGCGGAGACGUGGGCAGACACCGCUGCCACGUCUAGGAAGCUACUUACUACCCGCAGAGCUCUUGAGAGAUGUUUUCUGAAGUUUGGCCGACGCACUCCACACUUAGCCGGUCUUUGCAGCUCCGAUUCAAGAGGAAUGUCCCGUCUUCGCAACUCAGCGGACUAUGUAUCGAAGGCAAAACAUAGAUGUACCUAUCACAUCAUGAUGAUAGAUAGACUAAAAGAACGCUAG